CCGCACCUCAUGUUCAAACCAACGUGGCCAUUCCGUGGGAAAACGUUUGCAGUAUAAGCGUCUGACUGCUUUGCGCAUCCCCACUUCACAUCCAGGUCUGCCAUCUCACUCCCGCACACCGACACAUUCCUCCUCCGCGACGGCUACAUUCUUGGAAGAGGAUAAGAACAGGGGCGCGUCUCCGGCGAGCGGGACUCAGAGCUGAUCCGGGCCGCGCAGACGUCGACACCGUUUUUGGGAACGCGCUCGGCCGCCCGCUUGCCUGCCGCCGAACGGGGCCAGUGUUGCCGCCGACGGCACCAUGGACAACCUCACCGCCGCGACGGUGGCCGACUUCGAGUCGGCAGAAGCGACUUUCUUUCGCCGCGAUCCGCGCACCGUCGGCUGGGCCCUGGUGGGAAGCAAGCAGUUCAUCGUACUGCUUCUGGCAGCCUACGUCUACAUCGUCAAGGUCGGCGGGCCACGGUUCAUGAAAGACCGCAAGCCGUACGACGGUGUCAAGCCCCUGAUAGUGGUCUACAAUGCGACCAUGGUGCUCCUCAACUGCUACUUCGUGGUGGCGUUCCUAUCCAAGACGUACCUUGGUGGUGGAUACAGCCUCUUGUGCCAGGGUAUCGACUUCGAGGCUCGCGACGAGAUGACCAUGAGCAUGCUGUCUCACGUGUGGUGGUACGUUAUGGUGAGGAUCGCCGACUUCCUGGACACCAUCUUCUUCGUGCUGCGAAAGAAAGACUCGCACAUAUCCGUCCUUCACGUCGUGCAUCACAUCCUAGUGGUCUUCAACGGCUGGUUCGGUCUCGCGUACGGCGCAGAUGGCCACGUCGCCUUCGGCAUCAUCUUCAACAGCUUCGUGCACGUGGUCAUGUACUCCUACUACUUCCUUUCUCUGAUGGGACCCUCGGUGCAGAAGUACCUUUGGUGGAAACGCUACCUCACCCAGUUCCAGCUGGCUCAGUUUGUAAUAUUGUUUUUUCACAUGACUAUACCGCUGUUCAUCGACUGCGGUUACCCUUUGGCGCAGAUGGUCAUUACACUGCCGCAGGGAGUGUUCUUUUUCGUCAUGUUCAUGAACUUUUACAUCAAAAGUUACUCCAACCGAAAGAGGCCCGCUCAUCGCGCUGAAUCCAAGAGCAAAGCUCAGUGAGUACCGCCCAUCUAGGACUUUAAAAAGUAGCGCACGCAGGUGUAACGGAGUCCCGAUUUCGUUCAUGGGAAUGGAGUACGUAGUUUGUCCCACCGACAUUUUAAGUAAAUAAAAAGAAAGGCCUCAGACAGUUAAGCCAAUGUGUUUGGUUUUGAUCGCAAGAAUUUCGCCACAGCUGCGAACACUUGUAUGCAAAGAAGGUAAUGCCUUUUUAUUCAUUAGUACGUCUCUGUUUAUUAAGUAAAUGAAGCAUGGUUAGACUUGACUGACGUCCGGCGGUCGUAGUCACAAUAAAACGUUUUACGUAACUUUCAUUCCCACCCGUAGGUCACGGCUAUAGAGCCAACUAGGAUAGUAUCACUUGAGAGAGCUAACAGCCUGGUUGGAUAUAGUGACUCUCAUUGGAAUAGAUUUUCCAGUCACUCUGCUAAGGCACCUGCUGAUGUGCGCAUUCGAUUCCAAACUAUGUCAUAUUACCUCUAGCCAAAUGAUAACGUGAUUUACCAGCAGUUAUGCGACGGCUGUAUACUUCACGACGUGGCCUUGGUCUUUCGGAGACACGUUGCUGCAUUGACUGUGCGAAAAGAGUGAAACACUUUGGGCAUCACUUCAAAUCGGCGAGACGAUGAUGAUAGUGAUAAACGAUGCUCAUCCGAGCCGCUGUCGGCUGCUAAGCGGUGAUGAAGAUAUUUGGUCCUGCUUUGCCCAUGAUGGGGCAGCUCUCUGUGUAUAUAGAAUGAUUGUAAAUAAAUCGAAUUUUCGUUUACCGU